AUGGGCGACCAAACAGGAGCAAUUGGUGGGGAACAGGGCUCCCCAUUGGUGGAGUGUUUUAUUCCAAAUGAGUAUGAGUCCACUUCGUGCAUAGUCAUGCCCACGGUAAGAGCCAACCAAUACGAGAUAAGGCCAGGCACUUUACAGAUGUUGCCCUCAUUUUAUGGGAAACCAAACGAGGAUCCUUAUGAUAACUUGAACCAAUUCAUGGAAACGAGCAAAAUUAUUUGCAUUCGUGACUUUGAUAAGGAUGCAUUGAAAUUACUCCUUUUCCCAUUCUCGUUGAAGGAUAAGGCCAAACAGUGGUUGAACUCCUUACCGGCAAACUCCAUCACCUCUUGGACUCAGAUGUGCGAAGAGUUCCUAAAGAAAUAUUUCUCCAUCGGUAAGACAACCCUUCAUAGACAAGAGAUCACCGGAUUUACCCAACACGAUGGAGAACAGUUUCAUGAAUCUUGGGAGAGAUUCAAUGACCUUCUUAGGACGUGUCCUCACCAUGCUAUCCCCAAGUGGCAGCUUGUUCAAUCUUUUUACCAGGGUUUGAUGGAACCACAUCGCCAACUGGUAGAUUCUUCUAGUGGUGGGACCUUCCUGCAUAAGAAUGUGAACGAUGCAUGGAAGUUAUUCGAAAACCUUAGUGAAAACUCUCAACAUCGUGCAUCUUCCCUUAGACAUUCGAGAGGGGCAGCGUCUAGUUCUUCCAAACAGAGAGGGGUCUAUGAGGUUCAGCCCUCUAAUGACCUUACACAUCAAGUAGCUGCCUUGACCAAAACAUUGAAAGAGUUAAUCACUUCGGGUCAACAUCCUCUCCCUGUGGGACAUCAUCCACCCACUUUUCAGGAGGUGUGUGGGAUUUGUGCUAGUCCCAUGCAUUACAUCACUGAUUGCCCCUCUGCCUCCCAAUAUCCAGAGUUUGUGCAAGAGCAAGUUAGUGCUGCACAAGGGUUCUCCAGGCCAAGCUACGACCCAUUUUCUCCUACAUACAAUGCUGGUUGGAAAGAUCACCCAAACUUUUCUUGGAGGACGCAAAAUCAAGGCAGUCCCUCCUCUUUGCAACAGAGAUCGCACAACCUAAGUGGUUUCAACCAACCAAAGCCCAAUUACCCAAGCAAAUUUAAUCAAAUGGCUUCCCAAAGGGCACCACAGCCCUUCCAACAAGCACCUCCUCCUUCUCAGGUGCCCCAGCCUCAACGGUCUCCCAAUUUUGACGAGACCAUGUGA